AUGUCUACUAUCACACCGAUACACCGGUCGCCUUGGGAUGUAUCCCUGGAGUUCGAAGAGUUCGACUUCUCUGAUAGCGUUGACGCUUCAGCAGGGAAAGAAGUCAGCGAUGACCACUACAAUGCUCUAAUGGAGGUUCUCCAGAAGUACUACAAGGCGACUGAUGUUAUUGAAUCAUCACUUUUCCUAGUCAUCAGAUGCCAAGACGGUCCGCCAGACGAAGACAAGCGACCAUCCUCAGUGGCUGGAGCUAUUGCUAUUUGGACUGAUGCCACAAAUUUCGGCGAUAUGCCUUUUGUCGUAAACCUUGAGCAAGGCGAUCCGAUUGAAGUUGAGGACGAUUUUGCUGACCAGAUGCUUUACCGGAAGUGUCCAUCAGAGGAGGUUAUACUCUAUCUUGCUAAUCUCUGGCCCGGGUGUGAAGCCAUCUACGAGUUAGGGAACCAACUUGUGGUGGAGCUUCCUCUUGUGAGUCUGGAAGAACAUUUGGAUAGACUGCAGAGCCUUGAUAAAGGUAUCAAAAUGGGCUCUUACAUCGUCAGGUUUUACAACAGUCCGCUACCGAACUCGCAGAGGACCAAAAUCAGAGAUAUCAAGCAAAACCUCAAAAAGCUUCUCAAAUCCACCGAUUACGAUACGUGCGAUCUUUUCAUCUUCGAUUCUUCUGCCGUCGGCAGACAGGUUGUGGCAUGUUGUGGACGACGGUUUACCAUUGGGCAGAAAGACGCACAAGACAGCGAGAGCCAUGGAGUAGUCGGUGGCGACAAGUAUAUUGCCUUUAAACAAUCCGCUCUCAUUUCAAACUUGCCCAAGUCUUUCAAGAAGCUACAUGAUCGUGGCUGCCACUUUAUAUUUCUACAAUACAGUAAAGCAUCUCUUCUCAAUAAAUGGCACCGGACUCCAACGAUGAUGAUGGAAGAAGGCGGUGAUGUCGGAGUUGUCUUGCAUCUGGAAGACUUGCAGUUCCCGGACAACUUCAAGAAUUACCCCCUCAAGGCACUACAAAAGAUGGCCACCGGAAAUGUGGGAGACAAAAUAAUAUGGUUAUUUCAUGUCAUGUUAGAUCCGACUUAA